CAAAAACUUCUGAGUACAGUAACACUGUAUCAUGGCAGGCAUGACCGACAAUUUGGCGGCGGAAGUCGCUGAGCUGCAGACGCUGUUAGAGCAGACCAAGACGAGUGGCAACCGCCGCGACCUGCAGCAGCUGCUGCAGCGCAAGCAGAAGGCGCUGGAGGCCGCCAAGAAGCCCCAGGAAGGGCCCAAAGAGGUGGACCCACAGCCCGCCAAAGUGACUGCAACUCGCCCUGCAGCAAGCGACCUGACGACGUUCACGGAGAUUAGUCGCUUUGGCUGGGAAGACGAUGGAUACGGCAAGGAAAAGGUGGCUGUCUACAUCAUGUCGGGCAUCGACGGGGUCGGCAAUUUGCCCCAGGAGAACGUGACGUGCCACUUCACCAAGACAUCGUUCGACCUGAAGAUUAUUGGGCUGGACAGCAAGAAUUACCGGCUGGUCAAACACAACUUGGAGAAGGAGAUCGACCCGGUUAAGAGCUCGUUCCGCGUGAAGAAGAACCGCGUCACGAUCUCGCUGUACAAGGCGGACAAGAAUAACAUGUGGAUGAACCUCACGGCCAAAAACCCGCUGAAGACUAGCAAACCCGACACUAGCGACCCUUCUGCAGGCAUCAUGGACAUGAUGAAGAACAUGUACGAUGAAGGUGACGAUGAGAUGAAGCGCUCGAUCGCCAAAGCGUGGACUGAAAGUCGGCAGAAAACGGAUGCUGCUAGCCCCUUCUAACGGAGUAGCAGGCACCUUGAUGGGUCCAACACUCGAUGCAUUUUAGCCACCUCUAAUUAUCAUCUAACGUGCAGACACGGACGUCCCAUCUAUUCGUUUUCCACUCGGAUCUCCUUAAUAUCGUCGCCACUUGUCACUACAAUGACCUCGUUGUUCUCUACUGCUGUCUUGAUUCGUUUGUGCUCUGCGCCCUUCUUCUUUACCCGAAAACUCUCGUUGGUCUCGCCUGUUUCCACUUG